AUGAGAGACCAGACAGCAUACACAGUCCAGAAGAGACCAGACACCAUACACAGGCCAGAAGAAAACAGUCACCAUACACAGGCCAGAAGAGACCAGACACCAUACACAGGCCAGAAGAAAACAGUCACCAUACACAGGCCAGAAGAGACCAGUCACCAUACACAGCCCAGAAGAGACCAGUCACCAUACACAGGCCAGAAGAGACCAGACACCAUACACAACCCAGAAGAGACCAGUCACCAUACACAGCCAAGAAGAGACCAGUCACCAUACACAGCCCAGAAGAGACCAGUCACCAUACACAACCCAGAAGAGACCAGACACCAUACACAGGCCAGAAGAGACCAGUCACCAUACACAGCCAAGAAGAGACCAGUCACCAUACACAGCCAAGAAGAGACCAGUCACCAUACACAGCCCAGAAGAGACCAGUCACCAUACACAACCCAAAAGAGACCAGACACCAUACACAACCCAGAAGAGACCAGACACCAUACACAGCCAAGAAGAGACCAGUCACCAUACACAGCCAAGAAGAGACUAGACACCAUACACAACCCAGAAGAGACCAGACACCAUACACAGUCCAGAAGAGACCAGUCACCAUACACAACCCAGAAGAGACCAGACACCAUACACAGUCCAGAAGAAAACAGACACCAUACACAACCCAGAAGAGACCAGACACCAUACACAGGCCAGAAGAAAACAGACACCAUACACAGGCCAGAAGAGACCAGACACCAUACAUGA